GAGUCUAAUGACGAAGGCAGCGACCUACUGACGUCUCGAGCCCCUGAUUGAAUGAUGUCCCCUCCUGCUCUGUGAGAAACAUCCAGGUGUAUAAAACAGGAGCGGAGCCACAGACCGAGCAGAAGGAGACAGUCAGGAAACGGCGGAUCAUCAGUGGACAUACAGUGAGAUCAGGACUUUGGAGGAAGAGCCAAACGCAGACAACUUUCUCCAGAGCACAUGUGUAAAGCGAUGUUACAACGGACCGGCCCCCAGCUGCUUCUCCUAAUAGCCCUAUGCAGUGUGUUGUACUCCCGGACUCUGAGUCUGCCAUACACAUCCAUGAGACCGACGAGACACGCAGACGGUCUGUUCACCAGCGGAUACAGCAAGCUCCUGGGGCAGCUCUCAGCGCGGAGGUACCUGGAGUCUCUGAUCGGAAAGCGGGUCAGUGACGAGCUGAUGGAGGAGCCAGUCAAGCGUCACUCAGACGCCAUCUUUACAGACAACUACAGCCGCUUCCGCAAACAGAUGGCCGUCAAGAAAUACCUGAACUCAGUCUUAACAGGGAAGAGAAGCCUGGAAGACCCUGGAGCCAGCGACGCAGAAGAGUCCAGGGACGAACCCAACACCUUCCAGGAGAGCUACGACGACAUCAAUGUAGAUCACCUCCUAAACAACUUUCAACUGCCACUUUGAGGAGGGGCCUGCGUUGAAUACCUCAACUCAUCCUCAUCAAACCGCCCAUUCCAAAAAAAACAACACCGUGUUAAUCCAAAGGACAGUCAAAGUCAAAUGAACCAACGAUGAUGUGUUUCUCUAUCUAUCCAUCCACACCGUACAUGUUUACACUGUAUAUACACAGUAUAUAUACACACAAUACUAAUCACUAAAGAUUUGUGGCUCAACGAGUUUUUUUUGGGGCCGAAUCGAGCAACAUGUGUGUCCACGAGCAGUUUGGUCAACCAGCGUUUGAAGAUGGCGUCCGGUGACAGUUACCAUGAACAGCAGUACCACAUUUUACUUUAUUUCUCAGAUCAACGUUGUUCCAUUGACUUUCAAUGGAAACAUUUGUGCCCUGAUAGCUUUUGUAAGGAAUCACCGUCGUGUUAAAACCGAGGGGGAAUCUGUCCCGUUAACUUUCAGUCAAACAUUUGAAUGUCAGUAGAGCAGCAUUUAGUUCUGAUAGUACACCUUUACUAUUGGUUUUCAGUGGAUCUACUGUUUCGUUUUAUGUUCGACCAACAUUUGUUUAAAUAGGAAAAAAAUAUUGAAUUCAUAUGAAUUUUCAUGCGUAAAAGUUCCAUUAACUUUCAAUGGAGAACAUGACCAGUUCCUCCUCAAUGGGACACUGGCACCAUGAGCUUUCAAAAUGAAUUAUUGACUCCAACUGGAGCAUGGCCCCAUCACUUUUAAUAGAAGUAUAGUUAUUUCAAACAUGAAUGUAAUAUUUGUCACUUUUUGUUUCAAGAUUAUUGUUGCACUAUAAACUUUUAAUGGAAAUAGUUCCUGAGAGUAAUUUUAAUGGAAUAAAUGUUCCAAUAAACUUGAGUGAAAUUUGUUUGACCUGUUGAAGUUUAAUUUUUAAUGAAACUUUUGUCUGAUUGAUUCUCAGCAUCACUUGUCAAUAUUUACAUUGAAUUUCGGUCGAGCACUUGUCCAAUUAAUAUUUAAUGAAUUCUUUUACAAUUCUUUUUUAUUGGAAUAGCUGCCUUGCAACCGAUUGUACCACUGACUGAAACGGAUCCACGGCCCAAUUCACUCUUAAUAUGAUUAUAAGACUUUUUUAUUAUCCAUUAAGUUUCAAUGGAGCAUUAAAAAUCUUCAUAAUGUUUCAUAUCUGUCACCUUAUUUUCAAGAUAAGUGUUAUUAGUUUUCAAUGGAAACAUUUCACCUAAUCACAUUUAAUGGAAUAGAUUUGAGUAAAAUUUAACCGAUUGACAUUUGACCUGUUGAACGUCAAUGGAACAUUGUUUUUAUUUAUUUCAUCUAUUUUCAGGGCCCCGAUCUAAAACAUGUGUCCAAUUAACUUUCAAUAGAACAUCUGUAUGAUUGGGUUCUGAUUCAUUUUCUGCCAACUAAUUGUUCCAUUAACUUUCAAUACAGGACCAUUACUUUUCAGUAACAUUUAAAACUUAUAACCAUCUACAUAUACAGUCAUUACAAUGGAGAAUUUGAUUGAUGCAUUGGGAUGAUAAAAAAAAUGUUUAAAAUGUAAUGUACUAUGACACACAGGACAAUUAAAUGGGACGUCUGUCAUGUUAAAUGUUCCAUUCAUUUUCAAUGGUGCAAUCAUGAUCUAAAUGCUGAGUUGGUUGUGUUAGAGGAUCCAAAUGUGGUUAUUUGUUUUUAAAAAUAGAUACAGGAGGAAGGAGGACACAUUUUCAAUGGACACAGAUGCAUAUAAUCACUUUAUACUAUCCACUAUGUAGAGCAAAGAAGUUAUAACUGUGCAUAGACCUGCCUGUAGCGCAUAUAGUGAUGUACACCACUCACCAAAUAAAAGAUGUUGGUUUAUUUUUCAAA